ACCGCGGCAUUGUUUGUACGUGCUCGUGGUUUCGGCUUCUGGCCGCCCAGUAUCGAUUCAGAAAGAUGUCCGUUUGUGAGUUUUUCUGACGUCCAGCGUUUCUUAAAGCCGUGAUAAAAUAUCAAACCAUUUCAUAGCUUAGCUAAAUCGUCUCCGUGUUAGAAUUAAGCUAACGCAACACCGCUAGCAGAAAAUUGCUAGCUAGCUAGCUUGCUAAGGAUGAACUCCAGUACGAGUGUGGUCCAGGUGACCAACGUGUCGCCGAGUGCCUCCUCAGAGCAGAUGAGGACUCUGUUCGGCUUCUUGGGGAACAUCGAAGAGCUCAAACUCUUCCCUCCGGAUGACUCUCCCUUGCCUGUGACUUCACGUGUCUGUUUUGUAAAGUUCCAUGAGCCUGAGUCGGUCGGAGUGUCCCAGCACCUGACGAACACCGUCUUUGUGGACCGAGCCUUGAUUGUUGUUCCAUUUGCUGAAGGAGUUAUCCCCGAUGAAUCAAAAGCUCUGUCACUGCUGGCCCCAGCCAAUGCUGUGGCGGGAAUGAUGCCUGGGGGAGGGCUCCUCCCGACACCCAAUCCAUUAGCUUCAAUGGGAGGGACACCUUUUGGAGGUCUUGGAGGUCCAAACAUGGAGCAAAUGGCUGCCAUGGGAAUGCCUGGACCCAACAUGAACCCCCAGGCUCUCUCUGCUGACUUCCUGAAGCUCAUGCAGUCUAUGGACCCUAAGUUGAAUCCCAUGGCAGCCGGACUGAACCUGAACCCAGGGUUGAAGGCUGACGCAUCCAACAAGGAGAUGGAGGAAGCCAUGAAGAGAGUCCGGGAAGCCCAGUCACUCAUCUCUGCAGCGAUAGAGCCUGGCAAUAAGAAAGAUGAAAAGCGCAAACAUUCCCGCUCCCGGUCCAGGUCACGGCGCCGAAGGUCCAGGUCUCGCUCAAAACACAGACGGUCAAAGAGCCGGUCUCGGAGGAGGUCCCAUUCCAGGAACAGGAGGAGAUCAAGGAGCCCACGCAGGAGGAGGUCUUACUCUCGAGAUCGGAGCCGCCGCAGCAGAUCCAGGGACAGGAGGAAGGAAGAGAAAUCUAAGAAACGGUCAAAAACGCCCCCAAAGAGCUAUAGCAGCGCCAGGAGAUCUCGGAGUGUCAGCCGUAGCAGACGCAGGCGAAGCCGCAGUGGAUCUCGGUCCCCAAAGAGGAAGCUGUCCAGGUCUCCCUCCCCAAGGCGCCACAAGAAGGAGAAGAAGAAGGACAAGGAUCGAGAGAAGGACAGGGACCGUAAGGAGGACAGGGACCGUAGUCGAGAUGAACGUGAGCGCUCCACUAGUAAGAAGAAGAAAAGCAAAGACAAGGAGAGAGAGCGGGACCGCAAGUCUGAUGGCGAGAAAGGAGAUGUAAAGGUGACCCGGGAUUAUGACGAAGAGGAGCAGGGUUAUGACAGCGAGAAGGAGGGUAUUGGGGAGGAGGAAGAGGAGGAGGAGGAAGAUGAGAGGAAGAGUGACUCGGACUCUGCCUCGUCAUCCAAGGUUCAGGAGGAGUUGGAAAGAGCUGAGGGAGAACUCCCCAAGAAGUCCAAACUGAAUGGAGAUGACCACCACCAGGAAGACAUGGAGAUGAGCGACUGACCCAACACACCAUUCACGUCACACCCCACACCACGCUUUCCUUUUUUCUAAACGUAGCCGAAAGAUUUGACUUAUACCCAAAAGUUCUUUAGGUUGAUUAGUUUUAAUGGGAGAGUUGUUAACGAGUUUUGUUUUUUGAAUUUUAGACGUCCUGCCUCCAUCCACCCCUUCUCUCUCUCAAACUCCACAGAGUUCGGGAAUGUCGUGUUCUCUCUGCGUUGGUCAGAGUGUUAGUCAGCAUGUCACAUAUGAAGCAAUUUUUUUAAAAAAUCCGAAAAAGGAAAAUGAAUUGUUUAUGACAUGGUUUUUAAUUGUCACAGUGCUGUAAGUCAAAGUUAAAGGCCUUUUUGAUUUUUUUUUUUAAACCGGUUUCCUUUUGUAUUAAAAUUUAGUAUUCAGACGGUAGAAAGUUUGUAUUUCCGCCUUUAACAGUGUGUAUUUAAAUUUCACUGGAGUGGAUUUGGACCCUUGCAAAUUUGAGUGGUGAUCAUUUAAGACCUAGCAUUAUUUCUGCAUUUGGUACAGUUGUUUUAUUCUUCUCUCUUAUGCCCUCAGUCCUUUUGUCGAUGUCCCAACCAUCCUAUACCCCCAAGUGUAAUCCGUAAAUUGAAAUGUUAGUUAUUUCAAUUAAAUUACAGUAUCUUCAUAUUUUACAACGGAUGCUCUAAUAAAACUGGGCUA